GUUGCUCGAGAGGCUUCUAAAAUGCUGGCAGUUCGACACCAAAAUCAACGAGUUCAACAGCUUUGACCUGUCGUUGCUGCUGAUCGCCUUUGCCCGCUCCGCGUUGCGCGACGAGGAGCGACUCUCAACCAUCGGUGGGGCCUUGAGGCAGAAGCUCAGCAACAUGGAGUCAUCCACCGCUGCCGGAUCUCUGUAUGCCCUGGCAUUGCUGGACUUCGGAUCUGAUGGAACAGGUGCGACUUUGUCUUCCACAGUGCUGCCCCGCUUGCUCGGCGAGGCUUCGCAGCAGGAAUUGGUGAACAUUGCCUUUGCGCUUGUG